AUGUCUGAUUUAGAUUUACAAGACAGAUUGGCAGGACAUCGUGGCUUCACAAUCAAAGCUCGUGAAGUGUUAUUAGAACCACCAGCACCAUUUGCAGUUGUGAGCGAAAGCACUGGAAGUUUAUUGAAUGAAUUCAGUAGUCCAAAAUCACCUCAUCGUGGAUUUACGGCAAAAGCACGUGAAAUGCUUGUUGAAAGACAAACACAUGAUAGUCAUCACAGCUCAAAAACAAUUCGAUCAGAUUUUGAUAUAUGGCACAAGCAGCAAUCAAAUCCAAUCCAUGUGCCUUGGAAUAAACAGCCGAUGCAACAAGCAAACGUUGGUUAUGAAAAGAAGAAAAUUUUGAUUCCACAUUCCAAGUUGUCACGAAUAAAAGCUCAUAAACUGCUCGGUGAAACUGGAAGAACGCGAUCAGCUAAUGAAAUUUUCUAUGAUAAAUUUAUGAAACAAGUACGAAAUCCACUAUUGCGCUCUGAUUUAGAAGUUGCAGGUUCCUCGCAUGGAAACUUCACAGUGAGAUGUUCAGAUUCACAGCGAAGUAGUGAGUCUGAUAAAGCCAAAGUGAUGAAUUGUGCGAUGUUUGAUAAUCUUCAAAUAGAUGUCAACAACAAAGAAGAUAAUACAGAAUGUCCAAAAUAA